AACCUAUAGUGUGGAUCUUGUCGAAACGACGCGCAACAUGGCGGCGACCAAGUCCCGGACCGGCCGCAAGGUACUCGAUACCAAAACCGGCAAGAUCGUCGCAGAGCUCAAGGAAGACUCGAUUCGCCUACGCGUCUUUGAUCCAGAGAACACCGACGUCGCCACCAACCCAUACCGAGCCAUUACCCGCGCCAACCUCCGCUUAAAGGUCGUCAAUCGGCUCUUUCACUGCAACGCAUAUUAUGCGCGUGACCCAUUUGGCAUGGUGCUAUGGCCGCGCGAGUGGCAGCUCAAGAUGAUGCCUGCGACGCUCUCCGAGCCGUGGUGCUACGACAUCGUCGAGAGCGACGAGCCGCUGCCCUAUGAUGAUGCUAUGGACCCGCGCUACGAAGGCUACACGGUGAUUAAAGUGGCCAAUGUCCCGAAAGAGUGCACCGAGAUGGACUUACGGCACUGGCUUCUCCACGGCCUUCUCAUGGACUACGACCAAAUCCACGACGCAAAGUUCAAGCUCUCGGUGCUGGAAAAGAAGAAGGACCUCCUCCUCGACCGCCUCGAGACCGUUGGCACGAUGCAAGUGAGCGGAAAGAAGGCGGAGCAGGUCGACACGCGGCAGCAAGUCACGCGGGCCAUCAAUGCGCAACAGCAAACCUUGGACAAUCAAAUUCAAACGACAAAGGAGUGCAUCAAGCGCUGGACGCGGCUCUUUCUGAGCGAACCCGUCACCCUGAGUUACCUCAAAGACGGCACCGAGCACCGGUUUGUCGACGCGGCCAAGGAAAACGAGAAGGAAAAAUACCACUGGUUCGCCGACUUUACGAGUCUGCGUGGCCACGACCUUGCGCUCAUGGCCAUCCACAAACGCGACUGGGGGGACCUCCGCUUGGCCAAAACGCGCCCUGUACCGUCCGUCUCGUGCGACGAAUUUGACGACCCAUCGCUGGAAGUCAACAUGCGCAUGGUGCGCAUCUCCCGCGUCAAGCACGGCCCUGGCGAUUUCUAUGCCACCGACGACCUGCCGACCGACGAUGACUUUCAUUUUAGCUCGAUCGAUGCCAUGUACCGUGGAGCGUGGGUCGACGGCACAAAGCAUGACCCCAAGGCCAUCGAGUACACGAAUUAUGGCGUCUACAAGGGCAGCUACGAGUACAACGUGCGACGCGGCUACGGGGUCAUGGUCUAUGGCCGCGGCGACGAAUAUGCGGGCGACUUUGACGUCCCUCGGUCCAAGUACGAGCUACGACCCAAGCCCGAACCGUACCCUAAGCCCGUGCUGCCAACGCAAUUCCAAAUCGGUGUCCCUCACGGCACAGGGACCAUCAAGUUUGCAGAUGGCGCCACGUACGAAGGCGAGAUGGAGAACGGCCAGGUCACGGGUCGUGGGCGCUACGUCUCAUCCGCGGGUGUAAUCGAAGAAGGCAUCUUCUUCGAAGGUCUCUUGCACGGUCCUGGGUACCGCAAGGAGCCCAACGGGCUGUGCGAGGAAGGUGUGUUUGAGCACGGCGUUCUGAACGGACUGGGGACGCAGACCAACCAGUACAACGACGUCUAUCACGGCUCGUUUCGAGAUGGUGCCAAGUGCGGCCGCGGUGUGCUGGAAUCCCACGACGGCAGCACAUUGAGAGCCUUUUGGUACAAUGAUCUGCCCUCUGGUCGUGGCGACCUCGCGUACCACCAGACGUUGCCGUCCGAUCCAGAGACCAGUGUUCGGUUUCUGUAUGAAGGGUCGUUUAGUCAAGGCAAGGUCAAGGGCCGCCAUCGCCACAUUGACGUCGACCACGCGACGAUCGGGCACAUUCCUUUCACGACCUAUGGAAAGAGUCCCGUGCACUUGGCCUAUCCCAUGGCCUUGGGCAGUGCGCUCUACAAGCAGCAGUGGCGCCGACACAAAAACCUCCGUCGGCGCGCCGAUCGUGAGGAUGCCUACAAGGACGGCCAAGAGCGCGCGAAUCUCAAACUCUACUACGAGCUGCUCGAUGAUUUUUACGAAGCGUGGGCCGACCACGUUCGAUCGCUGAGCCACCCGGACGCGCCCCUGACCGAGGAGCAGCUCUUGCGGCAGCGCCAAGAACGGCUGCGCAUUGGCAAACCGAAGAAGACGCUGGCGCACUUUCCAUCCUAUCUCCAGCGGGUGCCGCUUCGGUUCAAGGAUGCAAUUACAUUGGGGCUCUUAGCGCAUGAGAAUGCCGAAGAAGAGACGCGCAUACGCCGACGCCUCGUCGUUCCGCCAGAGUAAUCACGCGGCGUGGUUGGCCCACAACGACGGCCGACGAGCUCCCACGUCAGUGGUAC